AUGGAGGCGGAACCUGGCGCUCAUUUUUUCACCGUAAUUGCUGGUGCCAAACUGGCAAGUGUUGCGGGCGCAGGUGGUGCAUUACUAACUCGAAUUAAGAAGGAACCUUCUGAAAAGGAAUACGUUUGUGUAAUCUGUUCUGCGUUUAUGAUUGGCGAUGAAGAUUAUCAGGCGCAUAUGGAGCAACACAACGCCCAAAGCCAAUUCAACUUCCCAUGCUCUGAUUGCGACGGUUCCUUUGCCAGCCGUUACGACCUCGAAACCCACACGCUACAAACGCACUCUCAGUUGAUGAAAUUUGAGUACGCGCACAUCAAGGAAGAAGUGCAGAUUAACGAGGCGCCCCCGUUGACCGAAGCAAGGUUGGAUCUGCUCGCAAACGACGCGAAAUGCCCCCGCUGCAGCGAGUACUUCGCCACCAAGAUUCUCCUGCGCGACCACCAAAUCGCCGAACACCCUGAAUACUACACCGGCUACCUGUGUCGUCACAACAAAUGCAACCAAAAAUUCUACAAAUACGACGAGUACAUCCACCACUUGGCAGAACACAAAUUGAAACACGUUUGUCCGUAUUGCGAUCGAUUUUUUCGACUUCGGCAGACCCUCCAGCAACAUAUUCGCAUCCACACGGGCGAGAAACCGUUCGAGUGUCCUCAGUGCAACAGAGCUUUCGCUGUCAAGGACUAUCUAACGAAGCAUUUGCGGAUUCAUACCGGCGAGAAGCCAUAUGAGUGCUAUCAGGGAUGCGGAGCAAGCUUCACACAACAAACAACGCGGAAUAAACAUAUGAAGGAUCAUUGCCCGCUGCGAAAUGAAUGGGCCAAGUUCCAGGAAAAUCCAAAGAUAAAGAUAAAAAUCACGAAAAGGCGAAGGAAAAGGACGAAGUUGGAGAAAAGCUAG